CUCUUCUUCUUCCUCUUGCUUGAAGACAAUCACCGAAACCAGAAUCCUCGGACAUGAAGCAGAAGAAGAACCAGAGCAGAUCCUUGAACCCCUAUUCCAUGCAAACCCAUGAUGAAUCCGCCUCUUCACCCUCACCAAGAUUUCUCUCUCUUCUUCGUUCCAAGCUUUCUGGUGGUAGGGAACUUAAGCUUAUGUUCAGAAACAUAGGGAGGAAGAAGACAAACAACCGAACUACUCAAGCUAGACUUGUGAGAUGUCCCAAGUGUCAGAAGAUUCUCCAGGAGCCUGAAGAUUCUCCUCUUUAUCGAUGCAGUAGAUGCGACUCGGUUCUUCAAGCAAAACAUUGGACAUCAAAAGGGGAAGUUGCCCAGAUCAGCCAUAACUCUGUCCAAGAAGCUAUUCUUCUUUCUGCUGCUGAAGAAUCUGAAUCUGAAGAUGUCGGUUCUCUGGCAAGUAGUAGUAAGUAUUCAGUAAAGAAGACUCACCACCAUGUUGUGUAUGACACAGCUGCAUCAUCUUCUGGUGCGAGGAGUUAUGAUUCCGAAACUGCUUACAAGCAUGACAAGUCUGAUGAUGUUCUCGAAGAAUGGCUAAGACGGGACAAAUUCCGUCAGAAUGGUGAUUCUGUUAUGCGUGUUUCAGGCAGAAACUCUCCAUAUAGUGUAGGCAGAAGCGUGGAAACUGGAGACUGGAUCCAAAAAGGGCAAUACGAGAGUUCUCCUCGGAAUCCCUUCUAUCCAACGAGCCCGUCCCCUUCUUCUGCAUAUGAAUGUGCCAGUCCUUUCCAUGCAUCUUACGUUUCUGCAGCCGAGCAGAGUUAUAAUCAUCAACAGAACCGUUUCAGGCAAUAUCAAAGAGGCGGAUGGUCAGGAGAGAGUUCUGGUGCCUCAUCGAUCCAUUUCUCCCGGGAUACGACAGAUGCAAGGCACUACCAGUGGUCUGGACAAUCAUCACCAAUGCGAGAUUUUCAGUACCAAGGAUUUCCAGGCCAGGGUUUCUACGAUCAUAGCAGCUCUUGCACGGCAACUCCACAUCGUUCCGCACAAUCUGAGCAUUCUUAUCCUGCAUGGAGUUCAAAGAUUGAGUCAUAUAGCCAAAAGGGUACUUGCAGGGACAUAAAUGAUUAUGUUAAAGAGAGGAAUCAUGUGGUCAAGCAUCAUGUUCUUCCUGCUGCAGGAGGUGCACCUUUUGUAACUUGUUACUAUUGCUUACAACUUCUGCAGCUGUCUGAGGGGUUUCUUCAAGGCAAGAGGAAUAGAUAUCUGGUGAGAUGUGGCGGCUGUUCUGGGUUGCUUAAGUUCUCUCCUAAAGAAAAAGCACCUACAGUCCCAUAUACUCCCAGAGUGUUGGAUUCAGACCCGAGUCUUGGUGAUGAUCAUGUUAGUAAUCAUCAGGAAGACCAGGAGGAUUCAGCUUCGGUAGAUCAUGACGAGUGUUGUCCUGAUGAGGGUCCAUUGUCAUGUCCAAACAAUGAUUGUGGAGGAGAUUUUGUCUGUAAAAGCAGCUUGCACACCCGAACAACGUGCCGUUGCGACAGCCUUCUCUCCGGUGUAGAGGAGGAUGAAAAUGAAACCAAGUCGAUAAAAGCAGUUGAAGUAUCCAAACUUUAUCUUGGGGAACAACUUCAACAAGAGGAGGAAACAGUACAUGAAAUGCUGUUUCAUUUGGAUCUGUCUCAAGACAAGCUUGAGCAAACCCUCGAAUCGGGUGAAUCUGAAGAAGAUAGAUCAUCUUGCAGUUCAGAUGCCAACGAAUGUUCAAGUAGAACGAUAAAACUCGACAGUGAGACUGCAGAGAACAAGCCAGGAGAUCACUCAGAGGAAAUGCAAGAUGAGGAUGACAAGAAGGGACUAACCUUCGAACCAUAUGCUCAUAUCUGCAGCACAAUGGGUCCAUCCGAAAUUGUGGGCUUGCGUCAUGCACUUGCAUUCUCCAAUGGCUUCACCACUGCAUCCCCAUAUGCUUUCUCCGCUCCGUUCGCCAAUCAACUCAUCGCCAUCUCUCUCAGACGUGCUGUUCUUCGGCAAAAACGGUUAACAAGGAAGAAAUGUCUGAUAUGUAGAUGCUAUUACAAGUACAGCUUGAAAAAUCUCAAGAGAGCACUAAGAGAUCUUUACUUGCGUUUCUACGAAUCUGACUCGGACCCUGAAUCUGUUUCUGCUUCCAAAUGCACCCCAAAUGGCUUCAUCCUGUUUGUGUUGGCCUCCAAUGGCGUGUUUGAACCAGAGGAGGCUAACGAAGACAGAAUAGAAAUCUGUCUCGGGGGAUCCCUCAAUGAUCAUAAAGAUUCAAAUGAAGCACUUGAACCUGAUGAUUACGCGGAAGAGAGAGUUGUGUCUCAUUUGGAGGAUGUCCCAGAGGAGGAUGAAAAUGAAACCAAGUCGAUAAAAGCAGUUGAAGUAUCCAAACUUUAUCUUGGGGAACAACUUCAACAAGAGGAGGAAACAGUACAUGAAAUGCUGUUUCAUUUGGAUCUGUCUCAAGACAAGCUUGAGCAAACCCUCGAAUCGGGUGAAUCUGAAGAAGAUAGAUCAUCUUGCAGUUCAGAUGCCAACGAAUGUUCAAGUAGAACGAUAAAACUCGACAGUGAGACUGCAGAGAACAAGCCAGGAGAUCACUCAGAGGAAAUGCAAGAUGAGGAUGACAAGAAGGGACUAACCUUCGAACCAUAUGCUCAUAUCUGCAGCACAAUGGGUCCAUCCGAAAUUGUGGGCUUGCGUCAUGCACUGUACACAACGCCAAGUUCACCUCUACGGUCACCUCUCACCUCACCAAUUCAUACCCCGGUUGGUUCCCCACGCUUUUAUCCACUGGGUUCCCCAGUGCAUUCUCCAAUGGCUUCACCACUGCAUCCCCAUAUGCUUUCUCCGCUCCGUUCGCCAAUCAACUCAUCGCCAUCUCUCUCAGACGUGCUGUUCUUCGGCAAAAACGGUUAACAAGGAAGAAAUGUCUGAUAUGUAGAUGCUAUUACAAGGUUUAGUCAAGAAGCUUUGCUCGACCUGACCGCAUAUUUCAAGACAUUAUCUGCAAAUCAUCUUUCCAUUGUUUUGUUUUGUAUGUAAAUGAGAAUUUGCAAGUUUUCCAGUGGGUAAAAAAUCAAUCUUUUUGAUAAAUAAAAUGCUUUUUCAGCGGC